UCGACCCCUCUACAAAAUUCAGUCGUGCUCUAGACUUCGUACAGUGCAGACGUUUUCAACUCGCAAGAGUAACCCAUUGGAUAUUUCGUCAUAACAAUUUGUGUUUGUGAAUUUCAGGACGUGAAGUGGGAGUGAAACAUUUUUGAAUUUUUUUUUUAAAGUACUGUGACAAAAGCAGACGUUUGUGUACCGCUGUUUUAUGUGAAUUAUGACAUUGUACCCCCAUUUUGGAUAAUUCCGGAAAAGGAGUACUAUAACACCGCAAAUAUUUUUAACUACAGUGAAGAUUCGUGCGGACCAAGUCUUGUCCGCCGAAACAUGGUUGCCGAGUUCAUCCUGAGCCAGCAGCAGCUGCUGGCGGGCGGCGGCGGGCCCCUGGGCCCUGCCCCAGCCCCCCCGCGGGCCAUCCCCCCACCGCCUCGGGCGCGCCUCUCCGUCUCGCCGCACUUCCCCAUGGAUCAGCCGCCGUCCAGUAACGGCUCUUCCGGGGACCCCAAUGACUACAACAACUCUUUCGAGUUUGGAAAACGCAAGGAAUUCUUUGGUCAGCGCAAGCAACGCGAGUUCAUCCCGGACAGCAAGAAGGACGAUGGCUACUGGGACCGCCGGCGUCGGAACAACGAGGCCGCCAAGCGCUCUCGCGAGAAGCGCCGCUUCAACGACAUGGUGCUGGAGCAGCGCGUGGUCGAGUUGUCCAAGGAAAACCACGUACUCAAAGCCCAACUCGACGCCAUCAAGGAGAAAUACGGCAUCUGCGGAGAGACUCUCAUCAGCAUAGACCAAGUGCUAGCCACCUUGCCGACAUGUGACCAAGUUCUCUGUGUCACUAAGAGGAGCAAACUUUCAGGAAAUGCUCUAUUCCCCCCUGCGCCUCCGCCGCCGCCUCCCCCACCAGCUUCUCCCCCCUCUCCGCCCCCGCAGCGAGCGCCAGAACCUUAUCCUGAGAGGUUACCCGCGCCUGAGGCUUACUACCCACAUCCCGCACACUACGAGCCCCCUGGCUCUGUGCUCAAUCUUUCAAGAUCUCGACGCGCCCCCUCCCCCUACGAACUGUCCUCCCUCUCCGGUUCCGGGGACGAGACUACGGAACAGUAUGCUCCCGAAAACAAUUGCCUCCCGCUGAAGCUGCGCCACAAGUCCCACCUGGGCGACAAGGACGUGGCGAGCGCGCUGCUGUCGCUGCAGCAUAUCAAGCAGGAGCCGGGCCCGCGGUCGUCCCCGUCUUGGGACGGCGAGGGCUCCAGCGACGAGCGGGACUCCGGCAUCUCCCUGGGCGCGGAGUACAGGCCGCAGAGGCCGGACGACAGGCUCGCCGAAGAAGAAGACGCGCAUUUAAAGGCCGAGCUGGCGCGACUGGCGACCGAGGUGGCCACGCUGAAGAACAUGAUGCACCAGAACAAGGCGCGCGCGCACGAGCACUGAGCGCGCGGGCGCACUCUCGGGCUCCAGUCCUGCGCUGGCCGCGCAGCCGCCGUCGUCGCGUCGCCGCAGCGUUCCCGUUUCGAUGUCGUGUCGAUCUUGUUCGUACAAACUAUCCUCCCUGCCCUGUAGUUACCACGUUGUAAAGAGAAUAUAUUUGUAUCAUAUGUGCAGCUCUUGCGGCUUAGCCGAUCGCCUAAUUGUAAUCCUUCCUAGUAGUUUUAUGUCGUGGUCGUCGUUAGGGUCGGAUGGUGUACGUUGUAUCAUGAGACUAAAGGUUAAGACUUUUCGAGCAGAUAAAACUACUCUACUCAGUGAUAGAUAUAAAAAAUGCAUUUUUAGUGAUGAGCUAUGUAUGUAUAUGUAAUAAGUAAGUGUGGUAGAUCUGUUUCAUCUAUUCGAAGAUUCUGGUGAAGUCGUUGGCUAAAACCUAGUUUUCCUUUAAGUUAGCUAAGUUCGAUGUAAGUAAUUAAGUCCAACAUAGAAUAUUUAUAAAGUUAAAUGUAUAGUAUUUCUCAAUAAAAUUGCCGAUUAAGUUCCAAACCAAAAAAAUGUGGUUAAGUCCUCGUUAAAUUGCAAUUAAGUUAAGUCAGACUCCUUCCUAUAAAAAUACUUAAUCAAUGGAUAUAAUCAGUUAAGAAUACCAGUGCCUUUGACAAUACAUACCUACCUAACCUAAAGGAUAUUUUUGUACAUUUAUUAGAAAGAGUUUCAAUAUAUCUUUGAAAUACCAUGUAAAUAUAAGCCACUACUACGAGUCCGCGAUGGAACUUCGAUCAGGCUUCGAGUAGAGGAACGAAGCAUGGCGUUCGUUUUCUUUAGCGGAGUUUAUCACGCUAGUCGUCCGGCCGUCUCGGACCCGUGGUAGUGUCGUCAAUGUAUCAACUUGAGAAGGCUAGUUGAAAGUAUUCGAUUUAAGUAAAGUUUCCUCCUAGUAUUGCCCGAAGGGCAUGUGAUAGGACUAAUGGAGUAACUAAGUAUUUAUUUAUUUCGGACCGUGAAAAGAUAAGAGGAUUUUACAAUUUAUUAUCUUUGUAUAAGAAACACUAUACGAUAUAAAUAAAUUGUGUACAUUACAAUAUAACAA